GCUCUUAGUGUUUUUGUCCGGUAUUUAAAUUAAAUGCAAAACAGUAACAGGGACAAAUCAGCAGCCAGGACAUGGUUUAAGAGCAACAAGAGGAUAUUGAUUCAUGGCAAACUUUGGAUUUGUAAAUAAAAGGGAAACAGGGGCUGCUUUUCUGGUGCACGGAGGUCAUUAGGCCUGCUCACAUGUCUGGACGCAGGUGGAACUGUAGCAUGGGGAAUUAUCUUGAGUGAUAUCUUGUUUUUUAUUUCACAGCAACACUCAGGAUUGAGUGACUAUUGUUGUGUGUGGUUUUUUUUAGAAAUGCAUCAAGUAGACACAUCAGUCCUGUAGUGUUAUGGAGCACAAGAAUAAAGAGAACGCGGUGUACUGCGUGGAGUAUGGAAAUGGAAAUGUGGCAAGUCCUGUCAUGCAAGCAGGCUCUGAUAACAUCCUCAUGUCAACAUUCACGUAUAAGAUGGUCUCACAGCGAGCUAUUGCCCUGAUCGUCAUCUUCAUUCUUCUGAUCCUGGCUGGAGGUUCAGCGCUGGCCUGGUAUUUUCUAGAGUACAGAGUGUGGGUCUUAGAGGUACGAGUGGAGCAGCAGUAUAUAGGACAGAUUUCUAUCUUAAACAGGAACUUCUCCACCGCUCUUUCUUCACACACCAGUCGAGUGUUCCGGGAGGAAGCUCGCAUUAUGGAAGCCAUGCUUGAGAAGCUUGUGAAGUCCUCUAAUUUGUCUCACUAUUUCAAAUCCACAACCGUGUUUGGUUUUAGUGAGGGCAGUGUAGUGGCGCACUUCUGGUUCAUUCUCUCCAUUCCUGAGAGUCAUGUCGGGAAGGUCACCAUGCAGAAGGUCAAUGAGAGUUUACUGGGAACCCUGCAGAGCUUUCGCGAGACGGGUGUUAAAGAUACUGUUAACUUGGAGGGAUACCUCCUUCUUGUGUCCUCAUUAUCCUUAUCAGAAACCCAGCCCAAAGUUAUAGAUUUUUUGCAAGCCUCAUUUGAUUGCUACCGGUAUCAGUCGGUGUCUGACAGCAUUCCUGUUGUUCUGAAGGGUCCAAACACCCAGCGCUCGUCGUGUCUAUGGCACCUGAAAGCCCCUGAAGGCUCCCAGUUGGAGCUGAGGGUGGAAUGGCUGCUACCUGAGUGUCGAGACCGGCUGGCCGUCUAUGACUCGAUUGCCCCUGCUGACUCCUCACUCAUCACAUCUCUGUAUGGCUGUAGCAGGCAUGAGCAGCUGGUGCAGGUUUUAUCCUCUGCUGAUUGGAUGACGGUGGUGUGGAAACAGGGCCAAUACAACUAUAAAGACCCGUUCUCUCUCUCCGCUCAGGCUUGGCCCAAAAAGAAUUGCUCUUACAUCAUCAACUUGGAAAGAAAGGAAGGGGUUCAGGGGAGCUUUCGAACCCCAUUCUACCCCAGCUACUAUCCACCUAAUACCAACUGCACCUGGCAGUUCACUAUCCCCUCAUCAGAGUAUGGACUGACCCUGGAGUUUGAGGGCUAUGAGCUGAGUAGAGCCAGUUAUAACCACAACUGUACACAAGGCCAGUGGCUUAUUCAGAACCGCAGAAUGUGUGGUACCAGGGCUCUGCAGCCGUACGCUGAGCGACUCUACCUCCGUUCCUCCACUACCACCGUUUCCAUGACGUCAGAGGUGUCACUCACAGGGCCUGGCCUCCAAAUCCAUUACAGCAUCUUCAACCAAUCAGAUCCCUGUCCUGAUCAGUUCCUGUGCAGUGUCAAUGGCCUGUGUGUGUCUGCGUGUGAUGGGAUCUCAGACUGUCCUAAUGGUCUGGAUGAGAGAAACUGUGUGUGUAUUGCUAAGUACCGCUGUCUCAGGGACAGUCAGUGUGUAGACUACUACAAGUUGUGUGACCAGCAUGAGGACUGCACUGACGGAAGCGAUGAAGAGAACUGCACAAUGGGAGUUCCUUGUACUGAUAAGACUUACAUGUGUGCUGAUGGCACCUGUUUGAAGAAGCAGAAUCCUGCUUGUGAUUUUAUCACAGACUGUCCUGAUGGUUCUGAUGAGAAACAUUGCGAUUGCGGUCUGCGUCAGUUCAGUACCCGAGUGGUGGGCGGAGUCAAUGCAACAGAGGGGGAGUGGCCAUGGCAGGCCAGCCUGCAGAUCAGUGGGCAGCAUAUCUGUGGUGGAGUGUUAAUCUCCUCCCAGUGGGUGGUGUCUGCAGCACACUGCUUUAACGAUGAUCGUCUGUACUCGCCUUCCAUAUGGACGGUGUAUGUAGGUAAACUGCGUCUGCGUACCUCCACUCGGACUGAAGAAGCUCUCCGUGUGACUCAAAUCCACCUGCACCAGUACUACGAUGACGAGCUCCACGACUACGACCUGGCACUGCUUAGGCUUGAGAGACCCGUCUCAGCAGGCACACUGGCACUGCCUGUCUGCCUGCCCGAACCCACACACCAGCUGGAGCCUGGUCUGCUCUGCUGGGUCACAGGCUGGGGGGCGCUCCGAGAAGGAGGUGGCAUAAGCGACAUCCUGCAGAAGGUUGAUGUGCAUCUGGUCAGCGAGGAGGCUUGUGUCCGUUCCUAUGGAUACAUUGUCACUCCCAGAAUGCUGUGUGCUGGUUAUCGGCGUGGAGGAAAAGAUGCAUGUCAAGGGGACUCUGGAGGACCGCUGGUUUGUCAGGAGACAUCCGGUCGCUGGUUUUUGGCCGGUGUAGUGAGCUGGGGCCGUGGCUGUGGCCGAGCUGAUUAUUAUGGUGUUUACACACGCAUCACCAAACUCUCCUCAUGGAUCAAACAACUCAUCGCAUCCUGACAUGCAGGACACACUGAUCCUAUUCUCAGCCAGGAGCUGCUGUCAGCUUGUCCUAGACUAGAGUGGUGUGUAGGUAUGUAAGUUCAGAGAAGAAACAGGUAUGAGCUCUAGAAGAGUUAUGCUGCAAUGAUGAAGUCUAAUUUUAACAUUAGGGUUCAUUAUUGUUCAUUACAACACUGCAAAAAAGUGAAAAUAUCCUGCAAAUUGUCAGAUUUAUCUAGUUACUGGUAUUUCCCAUUACAAGAUUACAAUAAUCUAAAUACACUAAUCAGGCAUAACAUUAUGACCACUGGCAGCUGAAGUGAAUAAGACUGAUUAUCUCCUCAUCAUGGCACCUGUUAGUGGGUGGGAUAUAUUAGGCAGCAAGUCAACAUUUUGUCCUCAAAGGUGAUGUGUUAGAAGCAGGAAAAAUGGGCAAGCGUAAGGAUUUGAGCGAGUUUGAGGAAGGGCCAAAUUGUGAUGGCUAGACCACUGACAAUCAACCAAUCAGUACUGCAAAUCAUCAUCACCUAUGUGGGAGGAGGUUGCCUAGGUAGGCAGUUGUGUAUUUGCUUCACAGAGAAAUUGAAACCGCUGCAUAAAACCCAGUCAGAUUGGCUGGGGUUUUUUUUGUCAUAAGUUACUGUAUAUUAUAGAAAAUAUUAUGACACAUACGACACAAUGAUUUGAGCAAAAUUGUGAUGGCUAGACGACUGGAUCAGAGCAUCUCCAAAACUGCAGCUCUUGUGGGGUGUUCCCGGUCUGCAGUGGUCAGUAUCUAUCAAAAGUGGUCCAAGGAAGGAACAGUGGUGAACCGGAGACAGGGUCAUGGGCAGCCAAGGCUCAUUAAUGAAUGUGGGGAGAGAAGGCUGGCCCGUGUGAUCCGAUCCAACAGACAAGCUACUGUUGCUCAAAGUUAAUGCUGGUUCUGAUAGAAAGGUGUCAGAAUACACAGUGCAGGAUAGGUCAGGGCUGUUUUGGCAGCUAAAGGGGGACCAACACAAUAUUAGGCAAGCGGUCAUAAUGUUAUGCCUGGUCAGUGUAUAAAAUGAUUAAAUGUUUAUUUUUCGACCCUUUAAUGCUCUUGUUUUAUUGGCAAAUAUUUUUUUAAUAUAAAAUUUCAGCAUUAAAGAUAAACAUUCAGCAACAGAAUCAUAAAAUUUAAAGCACAGUACAACCAAAGUGAUAUAAUUUUAUAUUUAUCUAAAUCAGAAAUGAGAUAAAUUAGACAUAUUUGCAUACAUUCAAGAUAUUUUCAUUUGCUAUGAUGUUUUUUUGUUGUUGUUUUUUGCAGUGUAGAUGAGAUCCAGAGUGUGUGUCAUAGAUUGUAAUGAAGAACAGAAAGAAACGCUCUACAGUGUGAGAGCUAGAGGGGAGAUAGUAUUUAUAGCUUAGGGCAGCUCAAUCUGGAAGGCUGGUAACUACAGAAGAAACUUUCACUAUGGUUUCGGUUUUGUUCACCAUGUUAACAAAACCACAUACAUAUUCUGCAAGAAAAUGUCUCGUUAUCACACGGAACCUUUUUUUUUUCCUUCUUGUGAAUGUCCAUCAUGUUUGCUGAAGUAUAUAUUUUGGAUAUAUUUUGGCAUGAGCAUUUGGCCAUUAUAACAGGUUAUAAAAUUCUCUAAAUAUCUUUCAAAUUCUAACUAUAUUUUUUAUAUAUGAAUUUUCAAAACAAUUUAAAAUUGCAGACAAACAAACAGCAAAAACAAGCUUGUUCUCAGGUUGUAGGUUGCUGUGAGGCAGAUUUUAUUUAUUAUCCAUUCACAUUCUGUAAGAUAUUUUUUAUAUUUGCGCAUUCAUUUCCUAAUAAAGUCAUACAUUGUUUUU